UCUCUCUCUCUCUCUCUCUCUCUCUCCCAGACCAGGAGCGCCUAUAUGUGUGUGUUCAGACAGUGACGAAAGCGGCCAGCAGGUUCCCAUAAAACACAAUUUUUUUCUCUCUGUGGAGUGCAGUGAGGUGUGAGCAUAGGUGCUGAAGCGCACCACUCUGUCCCUGAGGACAAUCACUGCUGCGGAAAAAAAAAAGAGGAGAGAGAGGAGAAAAGCGCGAGAAGCAUAAGAACAAAUGGCCAAAAGGAGGUGAUGAAGCGUUGGGAGAUGUUCAGUAAAUGACUGAGGUGGACCGUUUGUGAAGUUCAUCCCUGGUUCGCGCGACAGCAGGUGUACGUCAUCUCUGAGGUUUUAUUUUAUUUUUUUUUAAAAAUGGAGUCAGCUCACCUUCUGAGUGGCUCCAAGAAGAGAGUGAAGAUCCACCCUCACACAGUCACAGCCAAGUAUGCCACGCAGACCCCCUACAGCCCCCAGCCGGGAAUACACACCCAUUUCCCCCAACCAGGCGACGAGGGCUAUGACGAUGCCCCAUCAUUCGAGGACUUUGGCUCAUUCUUGGAGGAGACAUCCGACAGGAAGCGGCUCACGGAGAGCAAGAGGUGGCCCUUGACGUUGUUUGGCUCCAAAGACAAGGACGCGGCCCAUAAACUUCAGGCCACUGGGGGAGGAGAGGGGAGUGAGCUGGGAACCAAAGCAGUGAAGGGAUCUGGGAAAGGGGUUGGAGAACAGCUGGCCAGUUUCGGUGAGGCGUCUGUGUCUGCGUCUCGCCUCACCUGGCUGGGGCUGCUCGGUGCGGCGCUUGCACACGGCUGCCUGAUCACCCUGACCCGCCUGGCCUCUGAACGCUUUAGCCUCGGACCCCUGUUUCUUCUCUUGGUGAGGUCCGUCAUCCAGCUUCCGUCAGUGGGGGUCCCACUGCACAGGGCGGAGAACCCCUUUGGGCCAGAGGGAUAUCGGCUACGUCUGCUCUGUUACGGCAUCGCGUACUCACUCUCCCUCUGCUGUGCAUACUCCUCCUUAACUUUCGUCUCCUCCGAAAAUGGCUCAACAACUUGGCGACUGGCAACCACCGCUCUGUCAGCAACCCUUGCCUUCCUGCUUCUGGAGGAAAAGCUGGGACUGGCUGAUGGGAUAACUUUAGCCGCUGGGCUGUGCGGAUUGGGUCUUGCGUUGCUUCCCACGGCAGAUGAGAGCUAUGAAGACGCACCGGUCGACCCGGUCACAUUCUGGAGGGGCGCCUUCGGAUGGUCUCUCUCGGCACUAGCGGGAUUGUGGAUGGCCCUGGCGCUGGUUGGGUAUCGCUCACUGAAAGACAGAGUGGGAGUUGGCACCGCCUUGUUCACUGUGAGUUGGACAGGUUGCCUGCUCACUCCAGCUACUAUGAUCCUGCUCCAGGUGGGCUGGUCUUGGCCUAUGAGUUUACCAGCAUGGGGCUUCGUCCUGGGCUUAGUCGCCUGCUCUAUAGCGGCCUUCCUGGGAAUGACGCAUGCCCUCACCCGACUCCACCCGGCUCUGGUCUCCGCCUCGCAGAGCUUGGAGGUGCCUGUAGCCAUGCUUCUACAUUUGGCCCUACUCCCUCUGACUCCCACCGCGCCGGAGGUUGUGGGGAACGUGAUGAUCAUGCUGAGCGUCGGGUGGCUGGUGGCAAUGAAGCUGCUGCCCUCUCGAGGCGCCGGGCGGCGCCAGAGGGAGGAGUAUGAGGAGAUUCUGGACUCGCCCAUCAAAUAGACAGACGCAAUCUCUCCCACACGUUCUCCUUCAGGAGGGUGGUUCCAGUGUACAUAAGAGACUGCUAGAUGUUCAUCAGAGCUUGAUCUAUUUUGUAUUGUUGUUUUUGCUUAGAAGAAAGUGCCAAUAUUGUGUUGUCUGUCAAGUGACUACAUGAUGUGAUAAUAAAAUCUCUCUGAGAGUACUGUUGUCCUUUAA